GCCAUUGGCACGCGUCCAGUGCCAGCAAGUCCGUCCAACGGUUAACAGCUCCUAAAAUUAGCAAGUCAAGAGGAGACCUUAUCUUACCACAUUGGCAAAAUUUACAGCAGCCAUUAAAACAAAACACUUGUCUACACCGGAAAGCAAUCAAGCAAUCAACAAUCCAUCCAAUUAUGUCCCAGUUGUACGAAGUUUCCGAGGUGGCCCAGCAGAAUGGCAAGAAUGGCAAACCCUGCUGGCUGAUCAUCAAGGGAAACGUAUACGACGUGACCAAGUUCCUGAGCGAGCAUCCUGGCGGUGGCGAAGCACUCCUCGAAUACGGCGGCAAGGAUGCCAGCAAGGCCUUCAAGCAGGCUGGACACUCCUCCGAUGCCGAAAAGGAUCUGAAGAACUUUAAAAUCGGAGAAAUAAAUUCAGCGGCGCCCAUUCAAAUCCAGCCCACGUCCCUUGCUGCAUCGAAGCCAACGGAAAACACAAUAACCGGAGAUCCGGAGCCCGCGAAGAAGAGCUCUUCCGGUUUCUGCUGCUGCUAGUCAUCGGUUUACAUGUCAUUUAAUUGAUUUAUUAACAUAGGCUCAGGUCGUAUUUAGUUUAGUGUAAAUUACUUGUAUCUAGAUCUAGACUCAUCUCAUGUAU